ACUCAUUGUAAGUCACUCACUUUAUCAUGUUUWUUCGCAAAGAACACUUCCGCCGUGCYGCCGAUGUCGCAGGUCCUUCAAGCAACAACGGRAGGUAUGCUUUGAUGAAAGAAGAAGCUUGCAAAAAGCAGAGUGAAAGUCUACGAGAGAAAUUUGAAGCGCAAUCUCACAAUAAAAUGACAAGAAACUUAUCGCCAGAGGAUGAGUUACGCCGAACACACCGACGAGAUGAGAUGAUUUUGAAACAACAACAGCAAAACCACGCACAAUUUGGUACACUYCAACAGCGUAAUAUACCCACCUACAAGCAGAUUUACCCCCCUCCACCGUCAUCAUCAGUAUCAUCAAAGCGUGAAGACGUAGCGUCCGUCAAAUCAGACUCGCGGAUCAUUCGCCCCUUCCAUCCCCCUAUCGCGACUCUUCCAGCUAAACCGAAACGAAACAGUUCAAGUCAUUACAUCAACAGAACAAGYCCAUACUUGAAUGAUCGAGACUCYGAAGGAGUUUGUACACAAAAAAUAAAGCCAGAUUCGAUGUGUUAUAGUCCUAAUCACUACGAAGACGUCGCGGGUAGGGUUCAAGGUCUGAGCCUUCAAUCCAAUGGUGRYGUAGAACGSCGGAGAAGCUGUAAUUACCCCGAUGUAGUGAGAAAUGGCGACCGCCGUAGUGUUUAUGACAAUGUCAUAGAAACUGAACCUCCAAAGAGUUCAGAAAGACGUGUGUCUGUAGCAAAAAUCUACCUACAGCCUUCAGGUCAAAGGUUGUCGAAAAGUUACGAUCCAUCGAGGUACACCAAUGGUGAGCARGACCAAGUACGUCAACCUAAGGURUACUAUCAAGGCGCAUCGGAUAGCAGGGAACAAAGAUCAAAGUCAUAUGGGGAUAGCAUAGAUGCMUCRUCUCCAUAUUCUCAAGUUCCGUACAAUUCAAUGCCGCCAAACUACAGGCCAGCUCCACCUUCAUACCAAUCAUACCAGCAAGCCAAGGGAACACUACACAACUCAGUGGUCACUACUAGACCUUGGUACCAGGAAGAUUCGUAUUCAGAGCAAUUAAUGGUCACUACUAGACCUUGGUACCAGGAAGAUUCGUAUUCAGAGCAAUUAAGCAGCGCUUCAUCGCCCUCAAAUCUACGCGCCAUAUCUGCCAAGAUGAUUCCUGACAAGCUUGUUUGUGAGCAAUGCUGCCAAGUACCCAUUAGCCGAACACAGCGUAUUUGUGGAGGCUGUGUACAAGAAACAUUCCAGCGACAUAAGAAACUUACAGAGGCAACAGAUAUGCUCUAUUGAUAAUUAAACCCGGGUAUGGAAACUAUAAAUUUCAUACUUUAAGAUGAAUUUUAAGUGUAGAAUUCCAUGAAAAGUGGAGCUGUUCAAAUUCCAUUUCAAAAUCAUUAAAUUAUCUGAUUAAAAUCCAAAUUCUCUUCAUCGUCUAUUUUAAAAGAUGGGAGGAUUUUGAUUUUGAUCCAACAUUGGUGUGUUUAUAGUGUAAACUACAGAACAGUUUGUAGUCAAAAAAAAUAUGUAAAAAUAAUGAAAUUUUGUGUAGUUUCUAAGUACAUGUAGUACAUUUAGUACUUUAGAAGUACAUUUAGUACUUUAGAAGUGCUCAUACCAUUGACCAACUCUAGUGCACUCUCUUCAAAAUUUUCCAGAAAUAUUUUUAGAGUUACAAUAUGUACAGCUUUUUUUCUAAAAUGGCUCUUUGAAAGACAAGGUGAACAAUUUGAAAAAAACUCAUUUCUGAGUUCUCUUCUCUGACAACUGUUUUUGAAAUACUAUAAAAGUCUUGAUACAUUUAAUGAAGACUUUUAUUAUGUACAAGGAUGAAAAUAUAUAGAUAGUGUUAUGAAAUUAAAAACGUUUUCGACUAUGAGUCAUCUUCAGUUGUGUCUAAAAAUUUACAUGUUUGCAUUUAUAAGGGGGCUAAGAUAUCCCUGAGGGAUAAAGAUUUGCAAUGAAGCAUUUCACUUGUUUGUUAAGUGUCGGUGAAGAUGACUCAUAGUCGAAAACGUUUUUAAUUUCAUAACACUAUCUAUAUAUUCUCAUCCUUGUACAUAAUAAAAAUAUUUUAAGCGAAAUAUGACCAUUUAAUGAAGAGUUACUACGUUAUUUUUUCUUAGAAAUGUAAAUAGUUUUUUCCAAUAUUAAGAUACAAAUUUUGAGUAAUUUUGUAAAAUAUAACUGUUACCAUGUAACCCAAGUAUUCUACAGCACAAUGCUCCUUACCAUGGCCACCCAUCACAAAGUUUUGCAAGUUAACUAAUAAGAAAGAAAUAUUUUAUUUUGAAGUAACUUCCAAAUGUUAGAUUUAAUACAGCUGAAAUUACUUGCCUUUUGGGCUGCCUGCUUGAUAUGGACAAUCUGUAUGUACACCAAGAUUUUUCUGUUCUAGCAACCUUUCAUCCUUGUUAAUAUGGCUGCCCUGUUAAUAUGGUCUAUUUUUGAUGUCCAUUUAGUAGUUAGACUAAUUGGGUUCCACUUUCAAUCAAUCAAUUAUUUGCCCGUCCCUCCUCAAGAGACAUUUAGCUGUCAUUCUACUUGAAUGACGUUCAACCUUUACUAAUUAAACUGUUUUCCUUUCGCCUGAAACAGGCUUUCUGUAUUUGACUUGGCUUGUAAUCGUUCAAUCGCUUAUAAACUGUUCUUAAAAACUUUGGAUUCAAAAGAACGAGUUUCCCAAGCAAUAUUUUUAGUUCAAACGUAUUUCAAGUGAUGGUUUAGGGCAUCUUGCUGUAGCAACCAAAGCAGAAACACUGUAAAAUCAUUGUUGACCAACUGUAUAUUCGUUAGUUAUACAAGUAUCAUAUUUCCCCAGUUCUUCUCAGAAGACUUAGGCAGUGCAAACUGGGACUGACCUAUCUGUAUGACUUCAUUAUCACCUCAAAGUGACUAUGUAUUUGAAGUAGUCAAUAAAGAACAAAAGAAAACUAUA